AUGACGACUAGACCGAAAAUUAAGGUGGCAUCGAUUAUAAACGGAAAAUAUUUGGUGAGGCGCUAAAAUUCCGAAUUCUACAGUAAUCCACGAGUACUGUAGAGCUCAGUAAGAAAUUUUGUUGAUGGCCAGGGUUACUGUAGUGGGUAUGAAAAUUGGAGCUCUACAGUAAUCCAGGAGAAUUUUUUAAAGGCUACUGUACCUUCAUCAGAAUCCACGAAGGUUACUGUAUUUCUCUGGAACUCUUAUCAAUUCAAAAACUAAUCAACUACUGUAGGUGAUGUUCCUUGAUCUACAGUACUUCAAAAACCUAACCAAGUCUACAGUAGUCCAAAACAAAGUUGAUCUUCUACCGUACCUCACUUACAGUACUCCAAAUUUUGCAGGCGUUCCGAAAACUUGGUGAAGGUGGCUGUGGAUCGAUCUACGAAGUCGCCCUAGUCAAAUGCCCCCAAAAACGAUUCGCGUGCAAAGCCGAAACUACAGUACCUGAUGAAGAUCCAACUCUACCAAUGGAGCACAAAGUUAUUCAGCUCUUAAAUGAGCGAAAUUCUCAACAUUCCGUGGAGCUUUUGGAGAAGGGGAAGGGCGAAAAUUAUCAAUUUCUGGUGAUGACAUUGUUGGGACCAUCUUUGGAUGCGAUUCGAUCGACUUUGCCGCUCAAGAAAUUCUCGACGUUUUCGACGCUCGUUGUGAUUAUUCAGGCGUUGGAUUCGUUGAAGGAAUUGCAUGAUAUUGGGUGGGUUUGCAAACGACACUCCGCUUGAUGACGCUGCAUUUUUCAUACAGUUCUACUAGGUUUUCUACAUUUUAAAACUCACUCAGAUAGUGUAAACGACACUCCGCUUGAUGACGCUGCAUAGGUACUGAAUUGUUCUUCAUCCACAAUUUUGAAUAGAAAACGCGAGCUGCAAACGACACUCCGCUUGAUGACACUUCAUUUUUCAUACAGUUCUACUCACAACAUUUUAGGCUAAUGAUAAAACGCAAUAGGGUGAGAGGAAGAGAUUUAGAGAAAAACAUAAAAGAAUUCACGUUUAUUUGAUUAUUCGCGUGAACUCUUGUCGCCUCGCUUCAUUUUUCAAAAAAAUAAAGAAAAAUAGGACAUGUUAUGUAUAGCGCUUGGCCAUUUGUUUGAAAUGUCGGCAAUACGUUUGAACGACCUCUCAGAAAAUGUUCGAAAAAGUAGAAUUCUGGUUAUCAUUUGAGCACAUUUGCCCACUAAAAACGUAUGCUUUCUCUAGAAUCUCUCUCCUCUCACCCAAUUGCGUUUCGGAACGUUGUAUACUAGGUUUUCUACAUUUCACAACGCAGAUAGUGUAAACUAUUUAGUUUUCUUUUAGUUUCGGUUGUAAACGACACUCCGCUUUAUGUCACUGCAUUUUUCAAAAACUGAAAGUAUCGCUUAAACUUUUAGCUUCAAAAUUCACGUCAGCAAAAUUUUGUUUGCGUUUUUUUUUCAAAUCUGAAACUUAACAACGUCACUCCGCUGGAUAACACUGCGUUCCAAAAUUCAGACAGUGUAAACGACACUCCGCUAAAUUACGUUAUUCUCAGAAAUCUAUUUAUUUCACCUAAAUCCCCAAACGCGCUCCACCGAACUUAUCCGAUUUUUUCCAGCUUCAUUCAUCGUGACGUCAAACCGGCCAACUUUGCCAUCGGAACCCUCGGAACUCCCAAACAGCGACUUCUACACGUUUUGGAUUUCGGAAUCGCUCGACAAUAUGUGGUAAGUUUUUUGCGCCAACAAAUUCUUUGCUGACGCAUUUUUUUUGCACACAGACAAAAACCGAAGAUGGGCGUCAGAAAAUGAGAAGACAACGUAAAAUUGUGCCGUUUCGUGGAACUUUGCGAUAUUGUUCGGUGGCGACGCAGGAGCGCAAAGAGCAAGGAAGACAUGAUGAUUUGUGGAGCCUGUUUUAUAUGUUGGUCGAGUUUUCUAAAGGUGGGAUUAUCAAAUUUCAAACUGCCACGUGGCCCUCUCAAAACAUCUGAAAAUUUCCAGGCUCUCUUCCAUGGGAAGGUCUAACCGACGAAGAAGAGUUGCGAAAACUCAAAAGUGACAUGCAAGAACUCACCAACGGUCUCGAUGAAGAAUAUGUCAGAUUUUCGCAACACUUGCAAAUUUUGGUCUAUUCCAGCAAACCCGAUUAUGAGAUUUUGCGAAGAUUGUUGUUGAACGUGUUCAUUCGCCGCAAAUUCAAGGCAAAUAUGAAGGUUGAUUGGGAGCACGGCGGGAGAUAUGAGCACUAUUUUGAGAAGAAAACGGCGACGCUGUGAGUGCAACAAAAAGAAAAAGAAAAGAUGGGCCGAACCGGGCUGUUGUGCACAGACAUUUUUUGUGCAAACACGCUGAUGUGCAAACAAUGCACCACACACGUAGGGGUUCGCACCGUAGUUUUUUCAGCGAUUUCCGCGAAUAAAAAUACGUGGAGAUAAACGAAAAAAAAAGGACGCGCAUUUCUUCGGAGAGGAUAACACACACAUCUCUUCGCUGCGAGACCAUUCUGCAUAAUUGUGGGCGCCUUUGAUUUUGGUGUUGGCGCAUCAAAUUAUCAGGCUUUGGUGAAAAGUAAUACACACCAUUCGACUCAGAAUUUCACGCUGAACAAAAUGAUCAUAAAUUCAUCAUGUUUUUUCCUUGAUUUCCGGAAAACUCUAACCAGAAAAACUGACAAGGGAACCUUUUCAAGUCGCCAUCGAGUUUUGAGCUGAAAAUUUGUUUAGGGGUACUUUGAGAUGCGUUAAUGAACAUAUAAAAAAUCCAGCUGCGGAAGAGCACUCUGAGCACAAGAAAUUGAGCUCCAAAGUUUGAGCAUUUUUGAGAGCGCACGCACCAGUUUUAUUGUCUUUGAAAUUCUAGCUGGUUAAAAAACAACUAGCAGAGCGCAGCAGGGAAGCGGAUAGCCUUCGAAGGAAACGCUUUGGGGUUCGACCCCUGCUCGCUGCAACAUUUUUUUAAUUUUUUUUCGUUUUUCAAGAAAAUGGCUUUGGAGUACUGUAACUUGUUUAAAAAUCGAUUUUUUGAAAAUCUGAUGAUACAGGGUUGUUCUAGAGGGUCAAUUGUAUGAAAAAAUGAGUUUAUAUCAUUUUUCGAGAAAUUGAAUUUUUCUUCAAAAUCAUACCACGCCCAGGUCCGUGCAUAUGAAAAAUAAAAAUUGGCGGGGUGGUUUUUGAAAAAUUAUUGGCGGUGUGAAAACAAGGUGUUUUUUUGGAAAAUUCUCAAAAAUUUACUUGAGCAGAUUGGCGCGGUGAAAACAAGCUUAUAUAGACCCAAAACAUCAAAAGGAUCAAUUUGGAAGAUGAAAAUUACUGACAGUUUUUAAUAUUACCCAGGAAGAUCAUGGGAAAAGUGAAUUAAUUUAUUUAUGGAAUGAUUUUUGUAUUCUAAUGUGUUGUUUGCAUGCUUUCAUUUGUGAUAUUUUUUCGUUUGAAAUGCACGAUUUUGCUUUUGUCUCUAUUUUGCUUAUUGUAUAUCUCACCUCAACGUUCUCACAAUUUGAAAUCAAUAACUGAUCGAUAAAUUUGCACAAACUUCUGGAUGAUUUUUUUUUACAGAUUUCGACACCUCCCAAUUUUUCCUUUCAUGUGUGUUUUUAUCCCAAAAACUUCAAGACAAAAAUUUUAAAAAAUAAAUAAAAAAUUUCGCUGGAAGUCGAACUCGAACUUUGGUCGUCAGACUGAAAGUCAAAAGAUUAACCAAUAGACCACACACACACACCUGCUAACCGCCUUGUUUGUUUGCCUUGAUAAGUUCGAUGUUUUUGUGUGUACAACAGCGACGUUGUUGUUGCAUGGGAUAUCAGUUUUUGGAGAAUAACUUCAGAAUCAAAGGUCCAAUUCAAUCACAUAUUGUUCUUGGAGAUUCUCCAGUGCCAUAACCAGGUGGAAACAUCAGAAAAUGGAUGAAUAAAGAAGACAAUUUCUGUUCAAAUCAACUUUAAAUUAUUUAUUUUUCAAAACUGAAAAGAACAUGUCCUACGACAUCAAAUCUUCUGUUUCAACAGUGAAUACAUAUCAGAAUGAGCAGAACUUUCAAAUUGACCAAAAAUUUCAGACUGAAACCUUCUCAAACUCAAAUUAUCCUCGACCGUGCAAAUCGAGAUUUCUCAAAAUCAGUUUUUCGACCAUAAAAACCUUAUUUUGGCUCUAAAAUUGGAAGUUAAAAAACGAAUUCGUAUUAUUUUUUGCUCGUGCACGUUUUGCGACCGAGAACGAAGCGAUUGGUGCAGUCUGUGUAGGCCUAUUUAAAAAUGUGCGAAAAAACAUGCACGGUCGGGGUUUAUUCUUCAAUGUGCACAUAAAACUGUCCAGUUUUUUGUUUCCACCUGGUAUAGGCCAUUUAGAACCUUAUCUCAUCAAAAAAAAUCAGUCAGAAUGUCGAAAAUAUACCAAACUCUGAAAUUCAGACAAUUCAAGAGCAAAAUAAAAAAUUCCGCAGGAGACGGGGGUUGAUCUGGGGCCUCCGGAACAAAACCAGAGCGCGCCUAACCGACUGAGCUACCACACAUUUUGUUGAAGAAGGUGCGAUUGCCAAGAUAUAUUUUAUGUUUUCGGCACUGUAGAAAACAGAUGAUGGCUUUGAGUUUGAUAAUGUAAAUGUCUUGAAAAUAUAGUUUGUUUCCGUUUUCUGAAAUUUUUCUGAGAAAAAAAGACAAUAAUUGAACGAUUUUUUCAAAUUUAUAAGUUUUAUUAGUGGUAAUUGAAAUAAAUAAAUAAUAAUUUUUGAUUAAAAUUCACUUGAGAUUGGAACUUGAAGUUGAAAUGGGCCGUAGUCGUUUGAAUCUGUAAAAAUUAAUUUGUUCUAGAGCUAAUAAAAAAAUCCCUCACUUAGAAAAAAAUUUUGGCGUCGUGGAUUUCAUCAAAAUUUUGAAAAAAAUAUUGGCGCCGUGCAUUUGUUAACCCCUGGGCGUGGUAUGUUCAAAAUUCAUGAUCAUCUGGAUGGAUGAAAUUUUUUUUUCAAUUUUUUUUCUCGAAAUAAAUCCAGUUUUCAUGAAAUUUACCAUUGUGAACAACCCUGUGACAUCAGAUUCUUAUCAAAACGGUUUAUAAAGAAGUUAUAGAAAGUAAAGUUACUUUUUCGAAAAGGAACAGAGUAUAUAACUGAAGACAGAUUUAAAAAUUUUUGGGUUGGAUUUUCAUAUAGAUAAUUUUGAGAUUCUGGACCGCAAUGGCGGAAGAAAAACAAACAAACUAUAACUAAGUUGGCUUUUUGAGUUUUCAUGAAAUAAUGUCAAGAAACCAUCCACAAAAUUGAAACAAUGAUAUUUUUUUGCACUUUGUUUCUGAAAGUGAACAUUUUCAACAAGAUAGUAUCAUAGAAAAUAUUACUGUAGAAUACGGAAGUACUGUAGCACAGAAAUAUAAUUAAAAACAAAAGCGGAUUUUAAAAUCUGGGAGAAUUUUCCGCUUUUUGUGAUACAAUUUAAUUUGCGGAAAAAUCUCCCCGGGAAAAUUUUGCACAUUUCAAAAAACAGAAAAUUUUUGCUUGUUUUUUUUUACACGUGACCUAUUUUUUUUCUUCAUCAUUUUUCCGUUUUUUAAUGAUAAAAUUUGCAAGACCACACUGAUUUUUCAAUACCAAGCAUAUACAAUAUGAGGAUAAAUAUAUCAACAAUAAAUACAAUGUUUUAUGCGAAUACGAAAAACAUAUAAACUCGGCCUGUAUUCAAAGCUUCCAACUGCUCAAUCUAUGUAUGUAUUGACCAUGAUGAAAAUUUCUCCAGCCUUUGUUGUCUGAGUACAAGCUUCUGUAAUAAACACAACUAUGAGAGAAAACAAAGAAAAUAUCACCCACCAACUCAAUCCUAAAAUAUCAGCGAUACAUGCUGAAUAGACCAUGUCUAGUUCCAAGAAAACAAAAAUCAGAAAUGAAUGAAUGAAAAUUGUUUCAACGUGUAAUAAAACCAACUGCGUGAAAAAUUUAUUUUUUCAAAUCAUUUCGAUAUUUCAGUAAUUUUGUUUCAGUCUUCUGUUUGAUGUGUUUUUGACGAAUUCUUCGAGAAAUGGAAGUGUGAGUGGAAUUUAAAUGUUUUAAGAAAAUCUCUCAUGGUUGUGUUUAUUACAGAAGCUUGUACUCAGAAAACAAACGGCUGGAGAAAUUUUUAUCAUCGUCAGUGCAUAG